CGAAUUCCGCCCACCCAGCUAGCUGCCGGGUCACCCGUGCAAUAAAUGGUGCGGACCCUGUGCUUCAGCAGGUCAACAUGAGAAUUAUAAGCUAACAGUAAAAACAAGCUAUUUAUUCCUUUCAUAAGACACAGACUUACUGAGUCAGUCGCCUGGACAUUUAUGUCUCACCUGUGAAGGACAUAAAGUUGCGUCUUCAAUUCAAAGAAGACGUGCCUGAGCAGCUUGACGUGUUCGCAUUCCUGUAACUUCACGUUUUUGCUUUUUGUCUCUUAUUUGAGCUUACCAGAAUGGAAGAAGAGGAGCAACUGCGGUCUCUGAUGUUUCUCAUGACCUACGUGUUGCUGAAACGCAGGAGAGACAUUAACAACGCAAACAUGCAGAGGCGCCAUGAGAUCCAGAGACGGAUCCGACACAGACAGUACUUCUUCCAGAGACAGAGGAGGAUGCUCCUGAUGAUGAUAGCAGGAGGAAUUCGGUCCAACGCAAGCAUCCGCACACGUCCCUGGACUACCACUCCCAGGACUGACUGGUGGGAGAGAGUGGUGAUGACAGAAUUCCAGCCCUCUGAUUGGCUAGAUAAGUUCCGUAUGAGUAGGGAGACUUUCUUCUACCUUUGUGAAAAGCUGAGGCCUCGUCUGGCUCGCCAGGACACCAGCUUUCGUUUGGCGCUGCCUGUUGAAAAACGUGUAGCUGUGGCUUUGUGGCGCCUGGCAUCCAACAUCGAGUACCGCACCAUCAGCACCCUGUUCGGUGUUGGGAAGUCCACUGUGUGUAGGUGUGUCAGAGACAUGUGUCACGCCAUCGUGGCGCUCUUAAGCUCCAUCUACCUGCGGUCCCCCACUGAGCAUGAGCUGGAGGAUUCAGCUCAGCUCUUCCUGUCUUACUGGGGCUUCCCUCACUGUGUCGCUGCCAUAGCAACACUUCACACAGCUAUCAUCACCCCAUCGAGCAACACAUCUGACUAUGCCAAUCCUGCUGGCUGGCUCUCAGUGCUGUCUCAGGUGGCUGUCAGUGGCCGGGGGCACUUCUGGGAUGUUUGUGCCAGUUUCCCAGGUGGGACGGAUCCAACUGAUAUCUUACAAAACUCAUCACUAUGGGCCACAGCUGCAGAGGGUGGACUUUCACCUACUCAGCCACCAAUCUUCAUGGGAAAACCACUUAGGUAUGUGUUGCUGGGGGAGGCUUGCUACCCGCUUCAGAGCUGGCUGAUGAAAGCCUAUCCCGAGGAGAGGAGUCGGAGGACAAGUCAUGCAGCACUGACAGAGCCACAGCAGCUGUUCAAUCGGCAGCUCAGAAGAGCGCUGAGUGUGUCUGAGGAAGCGCUGCUGAGGCUGAGGGCACGCUGGCAGUGCCUGAGCAAGAGGAAUGACUGUGGGCUGGACGUGGUUCCCACGAUGAUCCUGGCUUGCUGCAUUCUGCACAACAUCUGCGAGUUCCACGGAGAUGCCUUCAAAGCUGAGUGGCAGGUGGAGGUGGCGGAGGCAGAGAGCCCCCAACCCAUUCACAAGCCGCUCCUCUCAACCAGCCUGGACCAAAGUAAUGCUGAGGAGGUCAGAAACCUCUUCUGUGACUAUUUUCAACAGCAAAGUAAUAUAGAGAAUCCUUAAAACUUCUAGUAAAUUGUUUGUAAUUUUUUUUACACUCUUAAUAUUGCUGUAUAUAUAUUUUUUAUGUUCUUAGUGGGGGGCUGGUGCAGACUGCAGUCUGCUUAGUUUAGCACCUGGACUGUUAUCCUGCACAGUUAGGGUUAGAGUCUGGCUGUUCUGACAGAAUAUGGUUUGGCAUUGUCUUGCUGAACUGAAUGAGAGGCUCAUUUAGCCUCCAGUUUUCUCAUCUUUUCAUCCUCCUGACUUUCACUUCAAAAUCCUUUCCAGCAAAGUACAGUCACACACUCUAAUAUUUUGUUGGGGUCCUCUCAGCUUUAGUUACAGCACAUGUUAGCUGUAGCAUCGUUUUGAAAGACUUCUGCAGUAUCACAUUUAAUUCCAUCCAGACUUGCAUUCGUUUUCUCCAAGAUCUUGUAUUGAUGAUGAGAGAGUCGGACCACUGUGCAAAGCCUUCUCCAACACAACUUCCAGAUUCUCAAUGGGGUUCAGGUCUGGACUGGGCGGUGGCCAAUCCAUGUGUGAAAAUAAGGUUUCAUACUCCCUGAACCACUCUUUCAAAAACUGAGCCCGAUGUAUCCUGGCAUUGUCAUCUUGGAAUAUGCCUGUGCCAUGAGGGAAUAUUAAAUCCACUGAUGGAAUAACCUGCUCGUUCAGUAUGUUCAGGUAUUAGCUGACCUCAUUCUUUGGGUACAUAACGUUGCUGACCAACUGCAAUCCCAGAUCAUAGACUGUCCCCACAGGCUUGUACAGUAGGCACUAGACAUGAUAGCUGCAUCACUAUGUCUGCCUCUCUUCUUACCCUGAUACUCCCAUCACUUAGGAACAGGGUAAAUCUGGACUCAUCAGACCACAUGACCUUCCUCCAUUGCUGCAGAGUCCAAUCUUUAUGCUCCCAAGAAAACUGAAGCCUUUUUCUCUGGUUAGCCUCACUGAUUUUUUUUGUGAUUUGAUUGCACCAAAGUUUAAGUGAUUGCCAAUGAUGAUCAAUCAAGAUUUUUUUCUGACCAUAUUUCUUUCACAAAGAUGAUGGUUCCCCUCUAUCCUUCCAGUUUUUAAAUAAUGCAUUGGACAGUUAUUAAUCCUAUUAUUAGUUUCAGCAAUGUAUUUAGAUGUUUUCUUGUUUGACGCAUUGGAAAUCAUUUAAAUGGUAAAUGAACUGUACUCACAGCACUCAAAACUCCAAUUCACCUGAUCACAUACUCAUUCAUACGGCAUUACUAUAAGUAAGUAAACAUUUAUUUAUAUAGCACCUUUCAAGAUAAAAAUCACAAAUUGCGUCACAAUAAAAUAAAAAAAAAUAAAAACAUGGAGUUUAGACAAAAGCAAGU